GGUAAAAGAAACUGCAAAAACUUCACCGCUUCAAUGCAGCUGUUGAUGGUUUGUUUGUUGGUCGGGGUUACAAUGUCUGCCUUGGUUUAUGCAAGUGCGCUGCAGCAAUGCAUGCAGUCGAGUAAGUAUGGUUCGCAUUACGGGGUUGCUCUUCUUGGAUAUUCUUACAAGUCCUUUGUUGCCAAUCUCCAUGUAACAUGUUACCGCACCUGUCAACAAGAGCCGUCUUGUCAAAGUUUGAACUACAACUUGGCAAACAGAAUUUGUGAGUUCAACAGUUUCGCUAAAGGCCCCGACGAUUUGGAGGACAAGCUGGAUAACUUCGUUUAUGCUGUGAACCCCAAUCGCAAAGUGGAAGGUAGGUCAGGGCGUACACCGCCCGCCCCCCCUCCCUGGACUGAUGCCGGUCCAUCGCAGGAUUACUUCCCCCCACUAUGUCGCCGGUACCCAUUUAUACUCCUGGGUGAAGAGAGACAAAGUGGAAUAAAGGCUCCUUGUCUAAGAAAACAACGCGACGGGCGAUGCUUGAGCCCCGAACUUCCAGAUCGGGAGUUCAAGGUGUUAACCGCUACGCCACACACGCAUCGAUGCACAUACCCGACCGCGGCAAGCCUUAUCAACGUUUAAAACGCCUCAAUUCAAUACUCUUUUUAUGAGCUUAUAAUGUAUCAGCUAGUAUUGUUAAAAAAAAUUUCGAUGCUUGGAGAAAAGGGCGAAUACUUUAACCAGGAGAGUCAAGAGUCGGAACUUUCCGGUGUUUGAACUCUUCUCCUUUAAAAAAAUUUGAAUUAUUGCAUUUUUUUGUCAUUGAAUCUUUUACAAAAAGGUCUGAAAGGUGAUCAAUUUUCUUGACUUCAUGUUGGACCAGGCUGGUGCUAUGUGAUAAAAAUACAUGCAUUCAUGAUCAGUACACCUGGAUUGAAGUACAUGCUUAAGUCAGGGCGACACUGCAAAACAGCCCUUAUUCAUGCCUAGGAUAACCCUCGGACGUACAAACAAAUUCAUAUCCCCACCGUGGUACCGGGGGGGGGGGGGGGAAGGAAUCCCUCCCCCGGGGUUUUGAUUAGGUGCAGUAUUUCGGAACGAUUUUGCCGGAAGUUGAAAGCCUUUGAUUUUCUCAACAAGACAAGGGAUUAUUUUAGGACUGGGGGAAAGGUGAAUAAUUUUUUUGACUUCAUUUUUGACCAGGCUGGUGGUAUGUGAAAAAAAAAAAUGCAUUCAUGAUCAGUCCACCUGGAUUGAAGUAAAUGCUUAAGUCAGGGCGACACUGCAAAACAGCCCUUAUUCAUGCCUAGGAAAACCCCCGGACCUACAAACAAAUUCAUAUCCCCCCCGGGGUACCGGGGGGGGGGGGGUGGAUGGAAUCCCUCCUCAGAGUUUUUGAUAUGUUGCAGUAUUUCGAAACGAUUUUGCCGUAAGUGGAAAGCCUUUGAUUUUCUCAACAAGACAAGGUAUAUUUUAUGGACGGUGGCGCUGCUGGAGGCUUGUGACGUCACCAACAAUGGUUGCCAUCUUGGAUUUUGCCAAGAACUAGAAAUCAGGUUAAAAUCGGGAUAAAUGGUAAUUUUUUGUGCUUAACUUAUAAAUAAGUACUUUGUAUCAUUCCAUUUAGAAGUUUUACUUUUAUUGUUGAAAAAAGAAAAAUGAAUAAAUCAUGCAUUUUCACUCAAAAAUGGCAUGGCCACCUGCUACUUAUGACGUCAUAUCUCGUAACCAUAGUAACUGACCAUCAUUAAACUUCUCUGGGAAAAAGAAAUAAAAGAACCUCAGAGGGGGUUGGCAGCUACAUCCUCCCCCACUUGUACGGCCGAGGGUUACGUCUUAACGUAUACGUAACUUAGAAACAGUGCAUGCAAGAAAUUCCAUGCCGUAGAGUAGACGUGUCGAGACCUCCUCUCGCAAGCGCGCGAGCACUAAAUCUCCGCAUACAUCUUGGGUGGUCGCUGACGAGAGGUUUGACUGUAUUUUUGCGCCUUAUUUUGUCUAAGACACGCAAAAUUAGUUUCCCAAAUUAUAUGUUUUUGUUUAAUAUAUAGACAAAUGGAUAACACUAAGAAACCAGACGCCACAAGUCUGUUUUGGUGCGAAACAUAACCAGUUUGGCAGGUUUUGGAUCCCUUUUACUGGCUUUUUGGUCAGAGUGAAACUGGUUCAUUUGUCUGGUUUGAUCCGGUGUUCACGGUGGACAGGAUGGUUUAAUUGGGGAUGCAAACGAGGGAAAAUCCACACACUGAUAACGAAUUCGUCUGAUUCUAUCUUGCUGCCUCGCAGAGAAAAAGGAUCCAUACUCAACGGCUUCGAAAUUCCAGGAUACUUUCCAACAUCCCCCCAGCUGGUCUUCCCUGAUAUUUAG